AUGUCCGAAGAGAUAACAAAAACAGAGGCAUUGGGGUUUGAUCCCACAUUGAAGAAGAAGAAGAAGAAGGCUAAGAGUGCUGAUCCUGAAGUUUUAGAGCAAUCCGUUGACACCAAAGAAGGGGACGAUGAUCUUUUUUCCGGAUUGAAAAAGAAAAAGAAGAAGGCUACCGCAGCCACUGGGGAGGAAAAGGAAGUAGAGAAAGACCUCGCCGAUGUAAUGGGCGAGCUGAAACUCAAGAAAAAGAAGAAGAAGGCUGCCGCCCCUGUAAGCGAGGACUUUGAUAAAUUGUUGGAGAAGGCCGGUGUUCUUGAGGAUGACAAAGAUGUCACCAAAGAGUCUACUCCAGAGGUAGAGACUACUACCGAUUUGGGACCAAAGUAUGAGGACAUGUUAUCUAGAUUUUUCAAAGUCCUGAAACAAAAUAACCCAGAACUGGCUGGAGAGAGAUCUGGUCCUAAAUUUCGUAUUCCACCUCCAGUGGUUCAAAGAGAAGGUACCAAGAGAACUCUUUUUGCUAACGUUCAAGAAAUCGCCACUGUAUUACAAAGGUCACCAGAGCAUUUGAUUCAAUAUUUAUUUGCUGAAUUGGGUACAUCGGGAUCUAUUGAUGGUCAGAAAAGGUUGAUCAUUAAAGGUAGAUUCCAACCUAAACAGAUCGAGAACGUUUUAAGACGUUACAUCAUUGAAUAUGUGACAUGUAAGACCUGUAAGUCUAUGAACACCGAACUGAAGAGAGAGAGCGCCAACAGAUUGCAUUUCAUUGUCUGUAAGGCCUGUGGUUCUACUAAGUCUGUGUCCUCUAUCAAGACAGGUUUCCAAGCCCAUGUUGGUAGAAGAAGGAAGAUGUGA